GAUCAAUAAAAUUUUAUUUUGCUUUUUUCUAACCUAAAAUAAAAAUAAAGACAAAAUUAUAAAUACUUGGCUAUUUAUAUCGUUUGUUCGUCAUUUUGUUAGCAAAGAUAUGAUAAAGUUUUAAAAAAAUCUGUGAUAAUGUUUCUGAACAUAUUCUUGGGUUUGAUCCUAUGCGCCGGGUCCGUUUUCAGCCAGUCCUAUGAAGACAAGCGGUGUCGCUGCGUCUGCUCGAACCCUGCAGUCGUCCUGAAUGACACGCAGAGCACUAAUCGCCAGCUUUACAUAGCUAAUGUGCCCCCAGAUAAAUGCAACUGCGAAUUUGUGGUGCUGCCUCACAUUGGAAUCGACAUCAAGGGGCGCGGUCAGGCGCUGUGUCCGCGUUGCGAAUGCAAGUAUGAGAUGAGAAACACAAGAGUCAUCAUGAUAGUAGUGAUCCUGGUGCUCUGGCUCCUGACCCUCCUGUCCAGCUACAUGGCGUUCGUGAUGUGCCUGGACCCGCUGAUCGGGAGGAAGAAGAAGCCGGGAAACCACAGCCGGUACCAAGAGGCGGAAUCCGAGGAGGCUUGCAAUCUCCUAGCUCAAGACGGUUUGGACGACUGAACACAAGAAACAAUGAAGUAAGUUCAUCUCUUAUGCAUUCUCAGAAUUAUAUUUAAUAUGCUGAAGUAAUUAAAUACUUAGUAAUUUUAGACAGACUAUGUAAUGAUAGCUCUCUUUGAAUGUUCAUUUAUUCAUAGUAUAUCUUGUAUUUGACGCACAAUAUAUUAUAUUACAGCAGUAGAGAAGCAUUAACAUAUUACCUUAAUAGGUAUAUUAAUAUAGAUAAAAAGAGUUUUCAAAAUAUAUGUACAUAUAGCCACUUAUAAUAGAAUAGAUUUAUUUUCAAAAUUGGAUACAAGGUAUCACUUAUUGACGUCACAUCACUUAAAUCUAAUUAUAACUACUGCCGCUUCCAAAGCGCAUGUGUAGAAGAAGCGGCGGAACAAACUACACUGCAGCAUUAAUAAUUACAAUAGUAUAAAAAUAUGUUCAUCCAGAAAUGUUUUCAGAUUGAGACGAAUAUGGUAUACUCUUUGUGAAUUUUUAAACUAUAAUAUCAUAUUAUCCUUCAGAACUAUGUAUAUUUAAAAUUGUUGUUUUAUUAUAUGUAAAUUUCGGUUUUAUCAUUUUAUGUGUAUUAUUUAAUAGAAAAAAAUAUGCUUAUUUAUUACGCUUUUACGUUUUAACCGCUUAACCGAUUAAGGUAAGUUAUUAAAAAAGAACCUUUGCAAAAAGUCGCAAUUACAUAUAAUAAAUCAACAAAUACAGAACGCCACUUAACCGAUUUUGAUGUUGUUUACAUUUUUAUUUAGACAACUCAUUCCCAAUGGUUUCACAAUAAAAAUUUUAACUGCCAAAUAAAGUACUUAUUAAGAAGACUUAUGGUUGUAAACUAUUUGAUAUUGACUUAAUGGUAAAAAUAAAGAAAACAAGGAUGUGCCGACCCCGUAAAAGAGUGGAACAAGGUAUAUAAAAUAUGAAUGUAUAAAAUUAACAUGUGAUAUGAUGAUUUGAAAAGUGAUGUUAACGUGAUUAAAUAUGUAAAGCUAUGUUUUGAAUCUGACCAAUAACUUUUAAUAUUAAAAAUAAUCGACCAUUUUUGAUAGAUUUUAUGUAGGUACCUUAUCCAGCGGAAAGUGGCCUUCUUUUGAGAACGAAUGGCUUUGUCUACCCUGUAAGGGAUAAAGACGUGAUUGUGGAUGGUCUGGAUUACCAAAAAAAAAAAAAAAUGUAUAUUCUUUAUUUAUUCCUGUUCUAUUGAUGUGGCGAGAUUUUAUUGACUUGGAGAUGGAAGAUAUAUAAAAGAGAGAGAGAGUAGAUAUUGAAUUAAAUUGUAACCUAUGUGAAAGCUGAAGCUAAAUCUAUACUAAUAUUAUAAAGCUGAAGAGUUUGUUUGUUUGAACGCGCUGAUCUCAGGAACUGCUGAUUUGAAUUGAAAAAUUUUCUGUGUUGAAUAGACCAUUAAUAUCGAGGAAGGCUUUAGGCUAUAUAGCAUCACGCUGCAACUGUUAGAUGCGAAGAAAUAAUGGAAAAUGUGAAAAAAACAACGGGAAAAAUUGUUCAUCCUUGAGGGCUUCAAUGAUGCCCAAAAUAACUAUUCCACGCGGACGAAGUCGCGGGCACAGCUAGUUUCAAAUAUUUUUUGAGAGACUUUUUAAGAUAUGUCAAGUCUUAUAUAUUCUUUAAGACAGAACUGGUGCCUAAUUGUAAUGAUUGACCUUCGUGACUUUGUGAGGGUAUACAACGGCCAUGUUGAGUUUGGCGCACCGUAUGGGUAAAUGUGGUCAUACCCUUAGUCGACUGUUACGAUUGAAAGUAUGCGACGUAUAAUAGAUCAUUUUUAUAUUUUCGAUUGUGUGUAAGGCAUUUAAAACUAGCUUUAAUUAGAUUUAUUUGCCAUUUAUUUAAUAUGUGAAUUUAUAAAAUUUGUUAUUUUUUAUAUGGACAUUUAUACCUAUUUAUAUUAUUGUAACUGUUUUGUGCUUUUUUAUGUGACUUAUUAAGCAAUUAAGAUAUUAAGACCUCAAUCGAUAUUAUUCAUUUAAUUAUGGAACAAUCCGUUGAGGAAAUUAUAAAUAAUUCGAAUAUGGAAAAUAAUAGUAUAGUGAGGUUAUUUACAACUUUAUUGAGGCUUAUGUAUUAUCUUCUCUCUCCUUCUAGCUUCUUGAGAUUAACUGGAUUGGUAGAAAGAGAGAUUAGAUUUAUCCAAACUAAUAAUAAUGGGAAAAAUAUUUGUAUGUUUGUUACAAAUAUAAUCUCAAAAACUAUUACGGCAUAUUAUUUGGCACAGAUAUAAAAUAGACCUUGGGGAGUUACAUACCUUUUCUUCUAAAUCUUUCUAAAUCUUCGCGCAUAAACCAGUAAGAAAUAAAGCCUAAUCAAUAUUUGUAAAUAGACUUACAGGUAAUAUGUUUAUAUCUUUAAAAUUAUCUAUUGAUAUUGAACAUAGAAUUCGGAAUAUUGUAAGACUACAGAAGUGGUACUUGGUGAAUGUGCCGUCGCAACUUUGAAACCAAGAUAAUAAAAUCUUAAAUCUGAGAUUUUCAGAUGGACAAUUCAAUCCUAUAGUUUAAAGUACAAUAUGGCAUUUCUAUGGUCUGUUUAUUCUGAUUUCUAUAAUGUUGACGUUAAUUACUUAUAUUUGUAAUCCUAUAAGUGUCGUAGGUGAAUCAAAUAUAUUUAGUCACUUCUACCAUUAAUAAGGCAUACGUACACACAAAGUUCAUAAUAAGUAUUAGUUUACAAAUAAAUAAAUACUGAACAUCACAUAUGAAGCAAUUUUGGAAGAAAACAGUGAGAAAAAAAAUUAGGUUAAGUAUAUGUUACCUAUUAAUAUUUAUUAAACUUUAUUGAA